AUGGCCACUUUCGUCGCCAAUAUUUCCCCCAACACCAGCCAACUGGAACACGGAGCCUAUGACGACAAGAUGGCUGCUGAGAUAGCUUCAUGUUCUUUUCACGGAAGCCUCCCUGGUACCCUGACGGCGGCCAAAGCCACAGAGAACAGCUCCGAUCAUGAGGACUGCAGGCCUCCCACGCAGACAGAUGAGCUGCCAACGGAAGAUGACCCUACCUUGUCGAAAUCCUCCGCACUGGCAGAAGACAAGAGGAGUGAUUGUUCUCCCACCGCUGCAGGGCAUUCAACGAGCGAUGGUUUCACAUCAAAGACUGAGCUUGGCUCUGGCCUCCCGAAGCCAGUGCAAGUGGAAGACCAAGCGAAUGAUGAUUCUCCAAUUACUCAAACUAAGUCAUCUCUUAACAAUGCUACGGUUCAGCAAGUCGAAGAGAUUGAGGCCAAUGCCCCCGUUGCAGAAUCCAUGGCAGACAUCGAAGGUCCGCCGAAGCCUCCAACGCCACUUCAAGAGCUUCCAUACGAAUUGUAUCCCCGAUAUGUAAAGUCGCUGGCAGCAUUCCCUCUAGAUGACCCGAGCCAAAGCGUUGUUUCCGGGAUGGUUGAUUACAUGCGAGUGGUUGAUGAGCGCCUGCGCGCUAUCGAGGAGAAGCUACUCGAAACGAGGGAGAAAUCAGAGGCAAUGCCAGAAGACGCUUCUUCGGUUACCUCACAUGCUACUUCACCAACUACUUCAAAAGUCGCUUCAUAUGCCGCUUCACAUGCCGCUUCAGAAAUGGCUCCGUCGGUAAUCGAGAACGAAACCUACAACGGCCCCGGCGAUGUGCAAGUUGAAGUCAGGUUUUUUGAAGCCGAUGGCUCGGUGUUCUGGAACGAUGGCGACUUUGCCGGUGGAUUCUACGCAUGUGAAUUUGCCACGGCAGGACAUCUCCAGCUACUAGGGGUGCUGUACAACGCCAUAUCAGAUGAGACAAUCAACAAGACUGAGCCCCAUCCAGCACAUAUCGAGAUCACCUAUCUCAGUAUCAUGUCUGACCCGAUCGCGUCUUUCUUCAGAGAUAUUCUGGAUCUUGAUUGCGGCCCCGGCCACAGCUUUAUCCGUCUCUCCAAGCCAUUUCGUCCCCUGAUUAGGAACAUCACGCCAUUGAGACAGCAUCUGAGCAAGUUAGAGGACGCGUUUGGGACACUCCUAGAAUUCGUUGAUCGGUAUAUCGAGAAGGCGAUAGGGCUUUACGAUAGGAUUAGAACCGGUCAAGAAAACGAAGUUGCAUUCGAGAACGCAUGGAUGCUUUUCGAUACUGGAACCACAAUCUACUGUCCUGACGGCAAACGCUCUGAAAUGAUGUUUACUUACGACAACGUCUCCGAGAUAACGCGGAACACGGCUAUGUCAGACCCAAAUCAUCGUUGCAACCGGAAGUCAUCGCCCCAAGGAUAUUGCGUUCUCUCGACGAGAGGUGGCGUUCCUCUGAAGAAGGCUCUCAUACCGGGACAUAUCGAAGAAGAUGAUGAAGAGAACGACAUGUUGCAUCUGGACGCCUUCUUGGGAUUGGGGCAAUUGAAGCUGUUCAGGCAAGAAUCUGAAGAUGUUCGUAAAGACUUGUUGCAACCAGUUUUGGCACGACAUGGCCCCGUUAGACGGGCCAAGAACACUCUGUCUACGCUCGUUAUUGCUUGCUUCAAUAUUGCGUACGACGGUGAGCGAUAUGGCGCCCAAAGGGAGCUUUUUGAGAUCAAGCCAUUCGACGGCUUGAAAGAUGUUCGAAGUCUUGAAAUCUUCCCAGUGCAAUACAUGAGCGACGACAAGCUCAAUCAUCUUCACGGAAGGGGAGAAAAGUUUGUGGAUCUCACAGGCAAUUGGCACAUGUCAUAUGAAGGAACCACCGUAGGGAAUACCCGUGAGACGAUCAACAGUGAGGUCAUCGUUGACUUCAAACUCGCUUUCGAAGACGGCACGAUCCCAAGCAUGGAAGUUUCGGAGAUCAAACCCAUCUUCGAGGACGUGAUCAAGCAUGAUUGGCCAAGAAGGACAAGGGGUGAGGUUCACGACUGGUACGAACAUGAUGAAGUUCGUGGCUGGGAGGUCAACCGGAGUUGUUAUGACGAAUACCACCAUAACGUCACCGGUUAUAAGCAUCAAGAUUCGCAAAGUCAGAAUGUCCUAAGGAAGCUCAAGCUGGUGUUUGAAAGUUACACUACGUCAAAGGCGCAAACGAAGAAAGAGAGCGAGGCGUUCAAGAUGUACUUGAAAGAAAACAACCUCAUGAAGCUUUUCCCGGGUACCGUUCCAGGGUAUGCUCUGCGCAACCGAAAAUGGGUUCAACUGGAUGUAGACAGACUUCAAUACGUUCAACAUGGGAAUGACUGGGACAACCUUGUGCUACCGAAAGGACACAGGAAAAUGGUGCAGGCCAUGGUCGAAUCUUACACCAAACGCUCGGAUGGCUCUCAAGCGGUCAAUGACUACAUUACCGAAAAGAUUGAUCUGGAUCUGGUGCGAGGAAAAGGCAAGGGGUGCAUCAUCCUGCUUCAUGAGUGUGUGGCGGCAUACACCAAGCGUCCUCUAUACCCAAUCACAUGUGACGCUGUUGAGAAGAAUUUGGACAAGCAUUUCAAACUCGCUCAUAGAUGGGCCUGUGUGCUACUUCUGGACGAGGCUGAUGUGUUCCUUGCUAGGAGGAACAAAACCGACGUGAAGCGAAACGGCCUCGUAUCAGUAUUCUUGCGCAUCUUGGAGUACUACCCUGGUAUCUUAUUCUUGACAACCAACCGAGUCGGCGCGAUUGACGAUGCUUUCCGCUCUCGCCUCCACCUCACCCUUUACUAUCCCAAGCUUCGGACGAAGCAAAGCAUCAAGAUUUGGGAGAACAACAUCAAGAAGCUUGAGGAUGUCAACAAACAGCGAGCCAAAAUGGGCCAAGAGCUCAUCGAUUACCGCAAAGACGAGAUCAUCAGGUGGGCCAAGGCCAACUGCAAGGGUCUGCAAUGGAACGGUCGUCAAAUCAGGAACGCUUUCCAAACUGCCAUUGCGUUGGCGGAGUUCAAUUCCCAGUCCCGCAGCCCGAAGAAGAAGAAGAAGCAAAGCCCGGGAUCGUCAUCACCGCCCCCCAAGUCUCCCAAGGCGCCUGUCUUAAACCAGGACACGUUUUCACUCAUUGCCGAAGCUUCCAAUCAGUUCAAUGACUACCUGCACAAGACGCACGGUCAAGAGGAGGCUGUCACUGCUUCCCAAGACCAGAUUCGAACUGCUUCGUUCACGGCGAAGCCAAGCAGAAUCGUGAAGGUGGUUUACAAGUCAUCCGAAUCUGACACCGACUCUGAUGAGACCUCGGACUCGGACGGCGCUUCGAAGUCCUCGGGGGCGGACUCAGAUGUUGAUUCGGAUGCUGAUUCGGAUGCCUCGGCCGAUUCCGCUGCGUCCAAUUCUGAUUUUGAUUCUGAUUCUGAUUCGGAGACUGAGACGAAGGGCAAAGAUAAAAGAUCGAAGAAGAGCAAGGACAAGAGUAGGACAAGAACCAAAGAGAGCAAAAAAACGAAGGAUACAAAGGAAAAGAAAGACAAGAAGGAAAAGAAGAGCAAGAAGAUUGGUGAUGAGGAGGUGAAGGCGAAGAAAAGUAAGAAGAGGUCGGAGGACUGA